AUGCGUAUGAUAGACAGUGAAGAUGUGGCAUUUUUUUUCGCCGUCAUGACAUGGAAUCCCGAACUUCUAGAGAUCAUGCUGGAGAAAGCACCAAACCCUCUGUAUGUGGAGCGGGCAGCUGCAACUGAAGCGGCUCGCUUUGCAGCUGCAUAUCCCCUACCGGAGGAGACAUCAAAACCGGUGGUUUCAAGAUGCCGACCGUCUGCAAGGAGGCAAAGGAGGGCGCGUAAAACAAAGCGGGGCUGCGGAGUGCGAUUGUCUAUUCCAUGUGCGUUCUUUUGUGAAUAUGAAGCCCCCGAUUUUGAUGAAGAGGACGAUUUUUACUGUGAAGAUGAUGAGCAUGCAAUGCAAGAAAAAAAAGGCGAGGGAGACCCUGAUUCCUCAGUCGCGGAAGUUGAGCACGACCACGAACCGGACCCAAACUCAUAUUCCCCUGUUGAAGGCUGGGGGAGAAAUGCUGGGAACUGCAUUGGAAGGGUUGUAUCGGACUCAGUGGACAGUGGCGACAAACCCUUGGGGUACAGCAUGCGUGACUUUCUGCAAAUCUUCUUUCAAAGCUUUCUGAUCGUUUCGUUGUCUCAAGUGCAAUCUCAGCGCGUCCAAAAUGAGUUUCCGCUAUCGCUUUCACCUCUAGAGCGAAAGGCUUGUGAAAUUGUUCAUCGCUACAAAGAUCCUUUCAAAGAAAUUCUCCGAAAGUACGUCAUAAGCGGAGAUUGCGAAGUUGAGCGGCACGGGGCUCAGCCAUUAUUUGUGGAUGGGUUUUGUAUUAAAGCAGUCCAGCACGAGGAGGGUGAAAAAUGGGCACCGCCACACGAGCAGCUCUUUAUUGCUGGUAAGGAUCCUGUCUACCAGCCGCUGUUGAUGGAAAUGCUUGGUAUUACACGAGUGGUUCAGUGCUAUGCAGAAAAAGGGGCAAAUUACCCUGCAACCCUGCAUGCUUGUGCCACUGCAGUUGGUCAAGCAGCCUCCGGGAACCGCGACAGAACGGUUCACACGAUGCAAAGUUGGCAUCGUUUACUAACACAGCAUCCCAAACUGAGUAAAUCUAGUGAUGGCGGCACUGACAUCGCAACUGCUAAUGAAGAUUUUGAUCUGCCUUGUCCGUCUGAAGAAGAAUGGGAGAAACUCCAAGGAGACAUCUCCCGGUGCGUCACUCCACUGCAGUGGAAAACUUACACAGUGUUUGGUCCAUACCUUGUUUUCUCGGCAACGUUACCAUUCAGCAACGGUUGUGUGACAAAGCUUGUCGUCCCAGCAGAGGAUAAGGAUACAUACGACCUCUCCGUGCACUUCCAGGAAGGCGUUUUUAGGUACAUCCACGGGACUCCACUCUUUCCCGUUGAUGUCGGCCCAGCACUGGUGCCUAAAGAAAGAACAAGAAUGGAAGAUCAGAGGAGUCCCUUGUUGGCAAAGUCAUGCCUGUUGCAUUGUUCUGCCGGUAUGCACCGUUCCAGUGCUUUAGUCAUUGGCUAUCUCCUAUGGCUUGUGGCACUUUCUGGUGGGAAGUUGCCCAUGGAGGGCAAACCAACUCUUGCGUUUGUGCCUGGACGUUAUGCAUCGUAUACUCAUCGUCAAGGAAGCGUAUUUGCCGAAUCUUACCUUACCGUCGUUCUCCGCAGCCAGCAGCGUGGAUCAUUUCCUACAGAGGAAGUAAGUGCCUCGCCGAUGCAUGCGGGCGCCGCUGUCGUAUCGGUUGCACCGACGCAAGAGCCAGAGCGUGAGAUACAGGAGGAGGAUGUCCGUGCUAAAGCCCAGUUGAGCGACGAGAAAUCAAUCUUACACUAUUGUGCUGAUCAUGUACGACAGCAGCGUUCCAUGGCAGUCCCUAUUGCCACCGCUUUACAACAACUUCACCGUUAUGCCCGCCAUUUGCACUUAGCGUAG